UGCGGCAAAAUGUGUAAAAUGGUAACCGACAGUCGUGGCCAAUUUCUUUCCCUCCCGCUCCGGGGAUUCGACAUACGAAGAGUUAUUAAUAUCCACAAUACAAUAAAUAUUUAUCUCGCCACAGAUGAGCCAAAUAGUGUGUAAUGUGGAGACUCGAAGUUUGCGCUUCGCGCCUCUAUUGACGCAGGCCAAAAAACUGACAAAAAACGGGGAACUAGGCAGGAAGGCAUGAACAAUCUGCGAGAUCGACGCCACACUUACGUUCGCGGCUUCGCGCCGUGAUUUGCGCAUGAGUGUAGAGGGCCCUAGACAUUUUGCAGUAUGUUGUGUACCAGACUUUAUUCUAUGACAAGAGGUUUGAGUAAAUGCACCAUGAAAAAAUAAUAAUUUAGGCGUACUGUUUUUUUUCCACUAGCAACAACGCAGUUUCGAAAGUUCAAUUUCGCAUGGCGGACGUGCAAUAAGACUCACUGAUAUUUGUUGGUGAUAAUUUCAAUCAUCUCGUUGUGAUUCCUUAUGGAAGGACUAAUUCUAAUGCUUUUAUUUCUUUGUGGACGUGCGUUAUUCAUACCUUAACGAUUGAUGAUGCUGUAGUGAUAUAAUUUGUUGUAUUUGUGUGAACUGCAUAGUUUUUCUCAAAAAUGGGAAAAUGUGACGAAGCCAAUGUUGAAGUUAGUAUGGGGGACUCGGCGUCCCCCAUGAAACCUGAUAAUUUUACGUUCAGCGUGCCCCCGGAGGCGCCCGUGUUUGAGCCGACGCCGGAAGAGUUCCUGGAUCCUCUGGCGUACAUCAGCAAAAUAAGGCCAAUUGCAGAGAAGUCUGGAAUAUGCAAAAUCAAGCCCCCUGCGCACUGGCAACCCCCGUUCGCCGUGGACGUCGACCGUCUGAGGUUCACACCGCGGAUACAACGGUUAAAUGAAUUAGAGGCUAUAACUAGGGUGAAGCUAAACUUCCUGGACCAGAUAAUCAAGUUCUGGGAGCUCCAGGGCUCCGUCCUUAAGAUCCCCACAGUCGAGAGGAAGCCGCUUGAUCUCUACUCUUUGCACAAAAUUGUUAAAGAAGCCGGCGGCUUCGACACAUGUUCGGCGGAGCGAAAAUGGACCAAGAUCGCACGGCGUAUGGGCCACCCACAAGGAAAGGGCAUAGGCUCCAUACUCAAGAACCACUAUGAACGCAUACUGUACCCUUACGACGUGUUUAAGAGCAGCGGCGCCGUAGACAAAGAGACGAAAAUCGAAGUGAAAGGCGAUCAGACCCCAGAAAAGGCGAACACCACACGGAGCCGCUCGAACUCAAAAUGCCCGGCGGCGACCCCGCCGCCCCCGCGCCGCUUCAAGAGCAGCGAGCCCGAGCCCGCGGCCGAGGGCAGCCACACGGAGGGCGCGCUCGCCGGCGCCGACGAGCAGAAGGAGGUCAAGACACCCAUUAAAGAGGAGAAGGAGAAUGGGGAGCAGAGACGCAGCCCCCGCGAGAACAAGUGGAUGUCGGCGGGCGGCAGCUGCGGCGCGCGCGGACGCGAGCCGCGCGCCACGCGCCUGCGCGAGCACCGCAUGAGCAACAUGACCGUGUCCGUCACGCCCGCGCCGCCCUCCACGCCCGGCGCCGGCGGCCCGGGCGCCCUGGACCCGCUGGCAAAAUACAUGUGCCGCGUCUGCGGACGAGGUGACAUCGAGGAACAAAUGCUGUUAUGCGAUGGUUGUGACGAUUCAUAUCACACAUUCUGCCUCGUGCCUCCGCUCGCUAUUGUGCCCAAGGGCGACUGGCGUUGCCCCGUUUGCCUCGCAGAAGAGGUGUCAAAGCCGACAGAGGCGUUUGGAUUCGAGCAGGCGUCGCGAGAGUACACGCUGCAGCAGUUCGGAGAGAUGGCCGACCAGUUCAAGUCCGACUAUUUCAAUAUGCCCGUACAUAUGGUGCCAACACCAACGGUAGAAAAGGAGUUCUGGCGGGUAGUUUCAUCGAUAGACGAAGACGUCACGGUAGAGUACGGCGCUGACCUCCACUCUAUGGACCACGGAUCUGGAUUCCCUACAAAGUCAAGUGCACAUCUAUACCCCGGCGAGCAGCAAUAUGCUGAGUCGAGUUGGAACCUGAACAACUUGCCCGUCCUGGAGGGCUCUGUACUUGGACACAUUAACGCAGACAUAUCUGGAAUGAAGGUCCCUUGGCUGUACGUGGGCAUGUGUUUUGCGACGUUCUGCUGGCAUAACGAGGACCACUGGAGUUAUUCCAUCAAUUAUUUACAUUGGGGCGAGCCUAAGACUUGGUACGGCGUGCCAGGCUCGAAGGCCGAGCAGUUCGAAGCCGCCAUGAAAGCCGAGGCCCCCGAGCUGUUCCAGCUGCAGCCCGACCUGCUGCACCAGCUCGUCACCAUCAUGAACCCCAACAUACUCAUGCGCGCCGGCGUGCCCGUCUACAGGACUGACCAGCGCGCGGGCGAGUUCGUGAUAACGUUCCCGCGCGCGUACCACGCCGGCUUCAACCAGGGGUACAACUUCGCUGAGGCCGUCAACUUCACCCCGGCUGACUGGCUAAAAAUGGGUCGCGAAUGCAUCGCUCACUACUCGACCCUGCGUCGUUAUUGUGUGUUCUCGCACGACGAGUUGGUGUGCAAGAUGGCGCUCUCACACGACGCAUUAAAUAUGAAUGUAGCGCUCGCCGCCUACAGAGACAUGAAAACGAUGCUCCACGACGAGAGGAGGCUUCGGAAGGCGCUUCUGGACUGGGGCGUUACCUCAGCCGAACGUGAAGCCUUCGAGCUGCUUCCUGACGACGAACGGCAGUGCGCGCUGUGUAAAACCACGUGCUUCCUCUCCUGCGUGACGUGCGCGUGCUCGCGCCGCGUGGCGUGCUUGCGGCACUACGACCAGCUCUGCGCCUGCCCACCGAGGACACACACGCUCAGAUAUCGAUAUACCCUUGACGAGCUACCAGCGAUGCUAGAAAAACUCAAGAAGAAAUCAGAAAUAUUCCGCGAAUGGGCGGAAUCUGUACAGAACGCCCUGGACCCGGACACCCCGAAAACUUGCGACUUGGACGGCCUGAGGGCUCACCUUAGGAGGUCUAUUGAACUUAAGAUGCACAAAACCGAGCUAGUCCGCGCACUAGAAAUCGCCAUAGAGGAUGCCGAAAAGUGCGCAUCUGUGAUUCAGCAGUUAGAUCUCAACAAGAUGCGCACUAGAACCCGACAUCAUGACCCCAAAUACAGAUUAUCAGUGCAAGAGUUGACACUGUUUGCGCAAGAGAUUGACCAGCUAGCUUGCGUGCUUCCUGAAGGAUCAGCAGUAAAAGAAGUCCUCCGUCAAACUGCCGACUUUGAGACGCGCGCCACAGAGCUUCUGAACAAAGAACUGGACCAGACCGACCCCGGCUUUGUUAGAGAGCUCGAAGAGGUGGUAGAGCUCGGCGUACGCCUGUGCAUCGUGCUGCCUCAGCUCGCGCCGCUACAGAUGCGCCUGCAACAAGUGAAGUUCCUGGAGGAAGUGCGGACCUACAGGGAAGACUACGCGACCUUGACCCCCGAGGUCAUCGACCGGCUGCUCCAGGAGUCGGAGACCGUGGUGCCGCAUCAUAAGAUUGAGACUGAACGGGCGUUGCUGUAUAAGCUUAAAGCCGAAGUCGAGGAAUGGGAGGAGCGCGCCCGAGCCGUGCUCAUCGACCCCUCGAAGCCGCCCCCCGACCCGCCGCAGCACACCACCCUCGCUGAAGUCCAAGCCUUACUCGACGCGCGGGAAGACAUUGAAGCCGCCUUACCUUCAUACCACGCGCUCAGUCACGCCAAACAACAUGCACAGGACUGGCUUGUAAAGGUGGAAGAGAUGCAAUCAAAAGACUUAUACCCAUAUAUGCACAGCGUAGAAGCCUUAGUGAAGCGCGGACAGCAAAUACCUCUAGCGUUAUAUGAAAAAGAUCAACUUGCUGCAGCUUUAGCGUCCGCCAAGGAGUGGAAACGUGGAGCAGGAGAAAUGUUCUUAAAGAAGAGCUGGGCGUACUCCCUGCUGGAGGCGCUGUCGCCGCGCACGGAGGCGGCGCCGACCCGCCGCCGCGCGCGCGCCGCCGCCGCCUCGCCGCAGCCCUCGUCGCUCGAGGCCGGCCUGUUCCUGCGCCACUUCAGCGAGGACUCCACGCCCACCGAGAUCGUCGCCGCCUUCAAGCACGCCGAGCAGCGCGAGCUGGCCGCCGUCAAGGAGCUCAGGAGUAAAAACAUGCGCAAGGAAGUCCGCGCGCCCCCGAUGCCAGGGAUCACGUUCUGCGUGUGCCAGAAGCGGCAGUACGGCGUCAUGACGCAGUGCGAGCUCUGCAAGGACUGGUUCCAUGCCGCCUGCAUAACGGCCGCGAAAGAGGAGCGCGCCGAAUCCGAAGAGCGAGAGCUUCCGUUCCCGACGCCCGAGCCGAAGUUCCUGUGCCCCGACUGCACGCGCACGCGCCGCCCGCGCCUGGACCGCAUCCUCGCGCUACUGGUAUGGCUCCAAAAGCUACAAGUGCGACUAGCAGAGGGAGAGGCGCUGCAGUGUGUGACAGAGCGCGCGAUGGCGUGGCAGGACGCGGCGCGCGCUGCUCUGGCGCACCCCGCGCUAGCACAACUGCCCGUCGAGCGCGACCGCGCGGCCGCGAAUCGGGAAAAAUCGGACAAACUCAACGCAGAAUUGAAGAAAGCGACCGGCCGGGCGCAUGACCACUCAUCACAAAACGCAAGGUCGUCGGCGAGCGUGGAGCACGCGUACAGCGCCACGCCGCGCUCGCCGGGCGCGCGCCUGGCGCCCGGGCUGCUGCAGAAGCUGGAGGACUUGAUGCUGGAAGGGGACCUGCUGGAGGUGCAACUGGAGGAGCAGGCGCAGGUGUGGAGCGCGGUGUGCGCGGCGCGCGGGCUGUGCGGGCGGCGCGUGGCGCGCGUGCUGGACGCCGGGCGCCGCAAGCGCGCGCCGCGCGCGCCCGCCAAGCCGCACGCGCAGCUCAAGCGCGCGCGCCCGCCGCCCGCGCAGCACGCCGCCGCCAAGCGCGGCGCGGCCACCACCACCAACUAUCUCAACAGGAAACAGGGAAUUUCAUCCGGCUCCGGCCUCAUGAUGCGCAAACACUACAUGGCGCGGCAGGAGCGCCGCAAGAACGCCGCGCGCGGCAAACUCGCGCGGCAUCCGAGGAUGGGACAACGAUCAGCAGCACAAGCCCGCGAGACGGGCGCGCGGCGCGCCGCCGCCGCCGCCGCGAGCGCCGAGCCCAGCAGCAGCAGCUCCUCCUCCGGCGACGACGACACCGAGGAGUGCGCCGCCUUCAGCUGCCGGCGACCCACCGGCAAAGUGGACUGGGUGCAAUGUGACGGGGACUGCGACAUGUGGUUCCACAUGCACUGCGUGGGGCUGCAGCGCGCCGCGCUGCGCGACGACGACGAGUACAUCUGCGGCGCCUGCGCCGCGCGCCAGCUCGGCAAGCCGCGCAAGUCCAAGCCCGACGACGACCGGUAAACACCACACCACACCACUUACACUUUCGGAAGGGUUUAAAGUCAGUAAACAGCAGUCUCCUCCACAUCGAUUUCGAUGACGGCGACCUCGGCAAUCGAGGGUUCCUCUUAUGUGGCUGGCCAGGCCAGACUUGCUCUUAAACACCCUUUCACAUUCACAGCAGUAGAGUUGACCGGCCCUGUUGUAGGUAUACAUGUGGGAGGGCUUGGGUCUUGAAAGUCAAUAAAUAGUAAUGUGAUGAUACCGUAAAAUUAUACAGAAUCGAUCUUCUCAACGGUUACAAAUUAUACUUUUGAAGAUUUUUUCUGCGAUGUUUAAUUUGCUCAAACGCGUUUUUUUACAAAAAAAAAACCAUUAAAUUAGAAGAGUCGCAAGGGUCUUGUGACCGAUUCGAAAUUUGACGAUUUACUCGCUUUUGAGGAAAUUAAAUAUAGUAUAAUUUUACGCUGUUGUGUAAUAAUUUUAUAAUGUGUCGUGUUGGACACUAAUGUCAUGAUUGAAUAAUAAAAUGAAUGUUGAUUGCGCUGCGAAAACUAUUAAGUUUCCUGAUUUAUAUUCGAUUUAAAUUGACAAUUGUGACAUUUUAUGACAGAACGAUUGUCAGUUGACAAACUGUGUGGCGCAAUCAAUAUUUAGUGUUAAUGAAAAGACUGUCAUAUUAUUAGAAUACGCGGAAUUUCAUCAUUUUAGCGUAAUUAUAAAUUAGUAAUGUUAAUAUUUUACCUGUUGCAAAAAAGCCAAUUUAUGAAUUAAAAGACUAUAGCGUAAAAAAAUUCGUGAGAUGGAGUUAAAAAUUGUUAAUACUAAUUUGACAACCAUUAUAUUGUGACUAUUUAAGAGGGGGGUAAAGCCUGGAAAUUAGAAGGGGACAAAAGAUAUGGCGCGCCGCACUAAUGCGACGGAAGAAAUUACCAUCGCGUGGGCGCACUUUUAUCUCAAUCGAUUUAACAUGUUUUUGUGUUUUUUUUUUCUAUUGAGUCAAAUUUAACCUUUUAACGUUUUGGUUGCUACCCUUGCGAAUUUACUCUAUUCUCUUAGUAAACAUUUUGAAGGCGUUUUUUUUAAUGGGUAAAUAUUCAAUAUAAAAAAAAAUCGGUUCUCUGUAAAGUCUGUUUACUGACGAUAGUUGUACGUGACAACGUCAUAAGAAACGCUAUAAACAAUUGACACCACAUUCACUUUUCACUGCACUUCAUACUUGACGAAAACAUGUAAAUGUAUUAUUGUAUAGCAGCUGUCCACGCGGACGCAUCGCUCACUCAAGUAGGAGAGAGACAGAUGUCGAACGCUGCCGAACGCGGAGGCCGAUUGUGCCUCUUUGUCGCUCGUUGCGCGCUCUCGCUUGCACUUCAAGCUUUAAAUGGAACGCCUCAGAGCGAGGUAACGCCGCAUGAGUCAUGUUUUUUCGUGCGUGCGGCCGGCUCCAUCGAAUUAUAAGACGUUGUCACGUCAAAACUACAAUCGUAACCACCUUCUUAAAAGAGAUAUGAUGAUCUUUUCUCUAUGACUAUAAACAAUGAACCGUGAAUAACUGAUUAAUAACGCAGAAAAUCUUGUUCGCUGCUUAAACUUUGGAUUAUACACCUCAUGGUUUCAAAAUAAUCUACACAAAGAUUGCCGAAGCCUAGAUCAAAUACAGAUACAACUGAAUGUAACCUAAAAUGUAUUAAAACGAAUGUAAUACCCGAACUAUCGGUAUAUAGUAUACAACACCUAUUUAAAUUGUACUUGUGUGUUCAAUCGACUUACGUGAAAAUGAAAUUUCCAUUAGAGAAAGAACAAAUUAUAUAUUUUCAAUUGUAAUGAACUACUUUUAUAAAUUAUUUAUAAAAUGUGACGUUCUCAAGCAAAACGUACCACAUCGCUUACCAUAAGGACGAAAUUUGCUCGUAUCUUUAUACGAAUCCUGUCAGAGAGCCCUUAUGCCAAGCGAUAAUGGGGUACUUUUUGCUUGAGAACGUCACAAAUUACAUUGGAUUGCGAGUAUCUAAAACACUUCGCCUCCGAUAUCCGUCAAGGGAUUUCAGAUCGUAUCCCAACGGCGAUAAGGUUUUGUGUCAAUAUUGUUCAAAUAACGAAAUAUGUGUGAGCUUAUUGUCCGUAGAAACGGGGAUCGUUACCGGUAUUUCUUUAUUUUUUAAUAAAUUACCGAUAUUUUUUAUUUCACGAAAAGUGAUUGGUAAAUAUGUAAUAUUUUGUCAGCAAGUUACUGUCAUUGUUUACGAGCCGGAUUUGAACCCGCGACCUUCGCUUUGAAAGCCGCACUCCUUUCCGUUAGGCCACCAACGCUUCUUUAACACUUUCUUCUACUCGUCGACUGUAAUUAUUGAAUUAAGAUUUCGUAUACCAAACUAUAAUUGAGAAACUUUUCAUGUAUAAGUUUGAUGACUCGUAGAAAAAGUAUUGUAUACAAUAGCGAUAUAAUCAAGCUUUUCAAUCUCGUACCUUACUUAGGCAACUCAGCAAGCUUCUUUGCCUAAACACGGUACUCGACUGAUAAGCUCUCUUAUAUCACUAAAUAAUAGAUAAAUUCAUAUAAUAUAAUGAUAUUUAUUUUGAAAUUAAAUAAACUAGACCAGAGCCCGCCUAAGAUGUUCGUUCAAAGUAACAAUACAUUUAAUUUCGUAUCAAAAUAUGACGUUUUUAGUGAUGCUGCCACUCUUUGUCCCUGCCAAAACGGUACUGCCAUCUCAGACGGUCUCUAGACAUCCUAAUACCGUUUAAUAUUACCGGUAACAUGUCCCCGAGUAGAAAUAUCAACGGUGUUACUUUCGAUGUCAUAGAUAUACUGGAAUUAAUUGGAUGUUGUUUGUUCGUGUCUAAACGUGAUCCUGUCCGUGCUAUAAACGGGAAACUAAAUCAUCUUUAUAUUACACUUAAGUUGCUUAGCAGAAAAACGGUUUUUAUGUUCAUUUUCUGUAAUUAUACUCUGUAUCUUUAGGUAUUUAAAUAAAAGUAAACAAAAUCUACCCUCAAAUGGCUCCUUAAGCCAGUUGAGGGUAGAUGAAAACAUUACACGAUCAAAUAAUGUAGGUUAUUGUCAGGUCGUUCAGUGACAGAUCCAGGCGGUUUUGUAUUUGGUUGGUUAACCAAGAAAUGUUAUAACUACCCGAAAAUGUACAAAUUGUUUGUUUACUUUUAUUUAAAUACCUAAAGAUACAGAGUAUAGUUAUCAUUUUUUGAAACUUGCACUCAAACGAUGUGAGCUGCAUCAUAUGAAGAUGAUUUGAAUUUCUCUUUUUACUAUUUCCUAUCCAAGACAUUUUGAUGUUACCCGUAUAUCAAUAUUCGAUGGAAGAUCUGAUUGUAGUGAAAUAUAUCUACUGUUUUUUCUGUCAGCUAAGAGACAGGACAAGGAGUGUGAUUUAAUAAAAGGUAUGGAUGAUUGUGACAGAAGUAAGUCAUUUUCAGGACAGUCAAGAAACUUUCAUGUGUCAAGUUAGUAUACCUACAUUUAGUACUGAUCUCAAAAUGACCUACUUCUCUCGUUUUAUUAUUAGGACAGUCUUAGGAAUUUAUUACAAAAAUAUUAAAUUCUAAAUACGCCCACUCACGAAGUGCAAGCGAUAGACAAAAAUUAACCAUUAUAAAAAAAAAAGUGUAAAUAUUUUUCUAAGAGUAAAACAAUUCUAGAAGAUUUUUUAAAUGAAUUGGUACAUUUUUGGAAAUUAAAGAGGUUUGUGCGUGUUUGUAAUGUUCGCCCUCGUUGAAGUGAUUUGCUGUACUUUGGAUUUCCCCCGCUAGGGGGCGGUGUCAAAAUUAUUGAAAAAUUAUACUUGUUUAAGAUAAAAAAAAAAGCCUAGAAAGUAAAACCAAUCUACAUCUUCCUUGUUACAUAUACUAACUUAAAUAAAUAUUAUGGAACCAGCUUUCUAGGCUUUAUUAUUGAUAGUUUUCUAAUUCAGUCCCGACCAGUCCCAAUGUUUCGCGCCUUAGAAACUUAUUAACGAUUUUCAACUCUAUUCCGUACAUGGAAAGGUUUAAAUUUGAUAAUCCGUUUCUUAAGACGUCCUUAUAGAAAAGAGAAUUUGAAAUAGAGCUGGAUUGUCAAAGAAAACUUUGUAGCCACAGUAAAUUUACUGCCAUCUUUCGACACAUGAUUAAAACUUUUAGAACGCCAUUUGACUUUGAUCCUUAUUCUUUCGCUGAUUUGUGUUAAAAAUCAAUAAGUGGCGCCAUCUUACCGGGCAUAGGCUAAAGGUAUGGCGCCAUCGCUCAAAACGAUGCCGCCAUACCUUUGGCCUUUGAUCUAUUUUUAUUAGAUGGCGCCACUUUUUGAUAUUUAACAAAUUUAACACAUAUCAGUGAAAGAAUAUGGAUCGAAUUCAAAUGGCGUUCAUACAUUUUUAAUCGUGUGUCGAAAGAUGGCAGUAAACUUACUGUAGCUACAAAGUUUUCUUUGACAAUUCACCUCUAUUCCAAAUUCUCUUUGGUUAUAGUGAUGCCCUCGCUUCACGCGUCAACACGCACACAAUUACUUUUAAUUUUAUUUUCAAUACUUUUACAUGAAUAAUGCUCAAUUGUGGACUAGCUUUUUUACAACUAACGUCUGACAAGUCUAAAGUUUAUUUUAUUUUAUUAUAUUAUAUUGUUUUAUUUUAUUAUUCACGAACAUACAAUACAUAAUUGUUUAAUUCUUUGCCACAUAUCUAGAUAACAGUUUUUGCUUCGAUCAAUUAUUAUACUUUAAUUUAUUAAAUCGCCAAUAGAAUAUAUAAACAACCUAUCACAUCCGAGGUCAAUGUAUCGGUCCGAAACGCUAGGCGAAGUCCUAUAUACGUCGAGGAUAAAAUGGCUAUUUUACUUUUAUGCACUAGGACGUAACAUCAAUUUUAAACAACAUUUAUUAAGUAUUUUUGAUACUGCCCAAUUGACAAGUCGACGUUUUCUUUGAAACCUAGGCAACAUCUUAGUGCGUUUAGAUUUAUACUCAGUGUUCAUGUUGACUCUUGUACCGGCGGCCACCAGUAUUGCUCAAUGGAUCUCGUAUUUUGCCCUGAAAAGUUGUAUCUACGUAUGUAAUUUCAAAUGAAUUAAAGCAAAAAAUAUUACUUUGACAACUAGUUGUCGGGUGUCAGACCGUCAACAUCUCCAGCAUCUCCUGAGGACGCCUCGUAGAGAGACGAAACACGUGUCGAGUUUUGUACUUUUGGUGGUGGGUUGUUAUAUUUAUUUGCGUAUUUAUUUUUGCGGUGGGAACAUUAAUUGCAUGUAAAAAUACGCAAGUAAGUACAACGGGUUAGCACUGAUUGACUAACACGUUAUUUUCUCGCGGAUUACCAAAGUAAUAUUUCUUGCUUUAAUCUCAUGCAGUUUUAAAUAAAACGGUCUAUUAUAUUUGAGUGCUGAUAUACAAGAAAUAAUAAAAGUUUUAAUUUUUACACAAUAAGAAAACGGGACUUGAUCGCGGAUAUUUAAGUUUUAAGUUAAUUUUAAAACUAAUAUCGUUAGUGUUGUGUCGAUCGAGUAAUAUCUCAAGUGCGCAAAACGUAAAUCUUUCUGGUUUAACCCAUUGGUUGACUGGUAGAGAAUGCCUUAAGGCAUUAAGUCUGCUAUUUGUACCUUCAUGUAUUGUGCAAUAAAGAUUAAAUAAAUAAAUAAACGUAGUUGAUGAACAAGACCAAGUGCGGGUAGUUCGAAAAACUCGCGCGGCUAAAAGAUGUUAAUGUCAAUUUUAGCCAGUCUUCUCCUAGCCGUCCUCCUCGACACAUCGGAAAUAAAUUUAAAUUUGAAAAAGUCCCGUUAAUAACGUCUUAAUUUGACAUAUGGAUGUUAUGGAACUUUCUCCAACCAUUGAUAUAAUUAACAUAUUCGGACACAACAUAUAGAGUCAGAUCCAGUUAAGUUGGCAGCGAUAUUGAUAGCCACGUCAUAAUUCCACAGAAGUUUGACGUUUAAAAUAACACUUGCACCGUCCGAGUCUAAGAACCUUCAGAUUUCCAAAACAUGUAUUUGACCUUUAUAUUUUACUUUCAGUAGCAAAUCUAGAAAUCAUUGGGCAGUACUGAAAAGGAUCGGUCGGUAACACUCGACAUUUUGAGUUGUCAAACAAUAACGCGUUAUGGUGUAUUCAUACAUGUUUGAUAUUUUUAAUUCCGUGUGAAUGUGCCGUAAGAUCUGGGUGAGUACAGGCCAAUCCUUUCACGAGGGAUACUGUGUUCUUAUAUCAUAAGGUCGACUUCUCGACGGACGUGUACAUAAUGUUAUUGUAGUUGAUGUAUAUUAAGGCGAUGUUCGCUUAGUUUUAAGAGCUUGCGCCCGCGCGCCUUAACUGAAUGUAAGCUAAUUUUUUAUUACUUAUAUUUCUCUUUGUUUAAUAAAUACAUUUAUUUGACAAAUUUUGUGAUUAUUGCGUAAUUGAGCAAGCUUUUGGUAAAUGGACCCGAGUAGAGUUUAAAUAUUGUAAUUGUUUUCGUGGAUGAUAAAAUGAAAAUAUUGUAUGUUACGAUAAUACUCGUAAAAUACCGCCUUAAUAUGAAACUUUGAUAAAAUGUCUGAACUUUUGUUUAUCGUCCAUGUUUUAAUGCUGGUUUUACACAUUUGUUAUUUUGUCUCUUAAUAUUUAGUAUUUAAAAAAAAUGGGAAGCCAUAUUAUGAUAUAUUAAUCUAAUUAUCACUGUUAAUAAAGUUCAAUGUGUUUAUUUUACACUAAAUAAUUUUAACAACUUCGACAGAAAUUGGACAUUUAAAAAUUACUUUCGGCUUUAGAUAAAUUGACGUAAAACAAAUAAGAACAGAGCGCGAAUGUGUAAACCCACCAUUAUAUAACAAACCUAGUCCAAUGAAAUUUGUGGUCCUUUUGUUAUUUGACCAAUAUUUUGAUUGUGAAGAUGAUAUUGUCAAACAGAUUUGAACCUUGAGGCGUAUGAAAUAAAGUUUGCGUUGGCCAUUGAGUUAGUCUCGUAUUUAUGUUUUGGAUUGUUAUUAGUUUAGCAUAGCACGACGAGGAAGAUGGCGAUGGAUAUAAUAGUAUUUAUAAACAUGAAUUAAAUUUAAAUUAUGAAACUACACAUUAGUGAGACUAACAUAUACGACCGACGAUUUGACGACCGGUUUGGCCUAGUGGGUAGUGACCCUGCCUACGACGCUGAUGGUCCCGGGUUCAAAUCCUAGUAAGGGCAUGUAUUUGUGUGAUGAGCAUGGAUAUUUGUUCCUGAGUCAUGGGUGUUUUCUAUGUAUCUAAGUAUUUAUAUAUUAUAUAUAUCGUUGUCUAAGUACCCUCAACACAAGCCUUAUUGAGCUUACUGUGGGACUUAGUCAAUUUGUGUAAUAAUGUCCUAUAAUAUUUUUUUAUUAUUAUUUUUUUUUACAUGAAAACUAUGACAAGGUAGGAGAGUUAAUUUAACUAAGCUAAACAUAACACAAGUAAAGAACUAAUACAACAGAUAAAAACAGCAUGACUAAUUUGAAACUACGAGACUAGACAAGAUUCGGGGUUAUUGUUAAAAAUAGUCUCACCUAAACAACAUUUCUAACUAAAGCAUGUAUUAUGUACAUCCUGAGACCCACAAUUCACUUCGUGGUUUGUUAUGGCGUUGCUGCGUUUUUUUUUUUAUAUACUACGUCGGUGGCAAACAAGCAUGCGGCCUGCCUGAUGGUAAGCAGUCUCCGUAGCCUAUGUACACUUGCAACUCCAGAGGAGUUACAUGCGCGUUGCCGACCCUAACCCCACCCCCCUCGUUGAGCUCUGGCAACCUUACUCACCGGCAGGAACACAACACUAUGAGUAGGGUCAAGUGUUAUUUGGCUGCGGUUUUCUGUAAGGUGGAGGUACUUCCCCAGUUGGGCUCUGCUCUAGAUCUGGGAUGACAUCCGCUGUGCUGUGCCCUACCACACAGAGCGAGAUGACAUUCACAAUGCCCAUACCUCUCUUGUGGACGUAGUUUAAGGACGUACCCGGGUCCAAAAGUUGCGUCACUCGCAACGUGAAUGAUUUGGCAAAUACGUCCAUGUGUUUCGUUGACAUAACAUAAUUAAUAACUAUCUUCUCGACUUCGCACGAUGCUUUGAAACGUGACGAAGGGUGCGGUAUAACGUUCUGCGUGUAGUUUCAUAAUUAUUAAAAAAAUACUCGCAAAAUCCAUCGCCUCAUUUUCUGCGUUGUCGUACCGAAAUGGCUGUUAAAAUAAAUAUAAGUUCAUGCCUUUUUACGCAAUUGUUGACGAUCUACCGGCUAUCGAGAGUCCGCACCUUAAUCAAACGAUUUCAUUUCUUACAUGAUUAGAGUGUCUACCUCCAACAUCGAAGUCUAAAAUCGUUAUCUGCCUAUCACUCGAAUAUGCAUGAGCGAAAAAAAUAGCAGUUUUCGAUGUCGGAAGUGGGGCUUCAGAACGUGUGCUUUGACUCGAAUGAAUAAAACAAAUAUAUAAAUCUGUAACAUGUCGUGCUUUUAUCAUUUGUGACGCGUGACAUGAUAAACGAUAUAAGUGCUAUUAUACCAUCAUACAUUCGUAGAUACAUUUUUGGAAAUACCAAGAGUUUGACUUUAGUGCGUUCUCCCGACAAUAUAUUUAUUAUUUAGAGGCACAUUUGGAAACGUAAAAUAUAUCAAUAUGAUAUCAAUAUCAGUUUCUAAAUGUGGUGUUUUUGUGUCCGAGCUAUGUAUGGAUCUGUAUUGUAGCGUGCUUUUUUACGCCAUUUGAGUUAAGCUUCUGGGGAUGUAUGUAUGGCUUGUUUUUCUGACGGUCAAUUCUGCGCUAGCUAGCUCUAUAGAAAUCAAUGAAAAUAGGCAAUGAUCACAUCCAUGAGUGUAUUUUGUUUCGGCUGAUUUAUUUCAAGAAAACAGCCGCAAAAGACUAUAAUGACCACAUGAAAAAGUCGUUAAAACCAUCUCAAGAUUCAAUCUUCAAAAGGUCAACAGAUUAUAUACAUUUUUAUGAUUACAAAUAAUUACAAUAAUAGAAACAGGGCUUACUAUUCUCAAGAAGUAAAGUACUAGGAGGUAGGUUACGCGUUGUAAUUGAACUUUCGGUUUGGGUGUAACGUUUAGAAAAUAGUUAUUAUAGUGUUUUACGGUAAACCAUUCUAUGGAAUUGUUACUUCAAGUGGACUAGCCAAAACGAAAUACUACAUGUUAGGACUGACUGUCAAAAAAACUAGUCUAAACCUUAUGUUGUACAGUAGUUAAGUGGAUGUCGUCUAUCGUGCAACUAUACUGGCCGGAAGUGCCGCCAUAUUUGUAUUUUAAAGUUUAGUCAACGGCGGGGCCUAUAGCUCCCUAUGGUUGGACGGAUAGACUAAUAUCAUGUACCAAAUAAUAUAGAAAAUUAUAGAAAAAUAA